UGAAAGAGGAAAAAUCUGCUUUUGAUUGUAACGAAUGUUAACGAAUUGUGGUUAUUUUACUAAAGAUUUUAUAUAUUUUUACGAGGCUAUUGUGCAAUUAAACGAAUAUAUGAUAAGUUAUAAGUUUACCUUGGGAUAUAUUUUAAAUACUCCCUUAUUAAAUGCAAUUUCCAAUGAAAAGAGAUCCUAUGGAGAACGACAAAAAUAAUCAGUCAAGUGUGGAGGAAGACAAAACAAAAUCAUAUCUUCAGUUCCAAAAGGAACGACUAAAAGCAUUGCAAGCAAAGCUUUCUACAGAGGCCGAAGAAGAUUACGUCAUCGUUAAAGAAGAACGUAGCGGCUAUGAGUCAGACACAAGUGAGUACUCAGAGGACUCGACGGCGUACGACGAUGCGCCGGCUACAACCAAAGGUGCUGGGCAGAGGAAGAAUAUCAAUAGAGGUCGAUGGACCAAGGAGGAGGAUAAAAGGCUCAAAACGUAUGUAAGGAUGUACAGUGAGAAUUGGGAGCUUAUCGCCGCCCAGUUCCCUGACCGCUCCGACGUGCAAUGCCAGCAGAGGUGGACGAAGGUCGUCAAUCCUGAACUAGUCAAGGGGCCAUGGACCAAGGAGGAAGACGAAAAAGUAAUGGAACUGGUCGCCAAAUACGGUCCGAAGAAAUGGACGCUUAUAGCACGGCAUUUAAAAGGGAGGAUAGGUAAACAAUGCAGAGAACGCUGGCACAAUCAUCUCAACCCAUCAAUAAAGAAAACGGCGUGGACUGACCAUGAAGAUAGGGUUAUUUACCAAGCGCAUAAACAACUCGGAAAUCAAUGGGCCAAGAUCGCUAAACUACUGCCGGGCAGGACAGACAACGCGAUAAAGAACCAUUGGAAUUCAACAAUGAGAAGGAAGUACGAGCCGGACAUAUUGGACAGCUUCGAGAACAUUCGACGUAAACAGGCGCGGGUAAAGAGCCGCGCUAGCGACACUAGCGCUGACACAUCCAAUGUACACAUUGUAUAUAAUGAUAGUUGGACGGAUCCAUUCAACGAAUCAAUACAGAGUAAUACAUCAUCCAAUGCACCGUCAAAGCAAGUGCAGCAUUUCAGACAACUCCUCAAAGAGCAGCUCAGCAGUCUGCAGAAGACGCACAACUCUCCUGACAGAGGAAACCUGGUGGCUGUUGAUACUGUGGAGAUCGUAGAGUCGCCUUUCAAAUAUGUAAAUAUUGGUUCAUUACCAGAUUCUCCGAUCAAGAACUUUUUAUCACAAACCACAACUACAGAUAAUCAACCUAUGAAUAAUGUUACUACAACAAGCUACGCUCUUCAGGCGGAGUCAAACAAGGAGAUAGUUGUACCAUCUGUAUAUAUAUCUCCUAAAAAGACUGUGGAGUCAAGUAGUCCGCCGCCGAUACUGCGCCGUGCCAAGGGAAAGAAACCUUUACCUGCUCACACCUCCAAUACUUGGUCAGAAGCGAUAGCUAAAGCACUAGAACCUAAAGAGUCAGGAGUGACUCCGAUCAAAGCGUUACCUUUCAGUCCCUCACAGUUCCUCAACUCUCCGGCAGCCGUCUCCUUCUCACAUUUUGAUUCUACACCGCUCAGGACAUAUGGAAAGGAAUGGAGCGCAAGUCCUUUACUACAGACUCCGACACCUGCUAACAUCACACCUGGUGGUAGUCAACUUAGGAAUAUGACACCCAAAACACCGACACCAUUCAAGCUGGCGAUGGCUGAACUAGGCAAGAAGUCAGGUCUGAAGUACGAGCCGUCCAGCCCAGGUCUGCUGGUGGAGGACAUCACAGAGAUGAUACAGCGAGAGGAGAACUCUGACACCACUGUACAUCUCAAUGACUCCAUCUUGUCUGCUACUGAAGAAGCACAGGUGAACGACUCGGGUAUAGGUAGUGGUAGUCGCGGCAAAGAGAACAUGCCGUCACGAGGUAGAGCGCGCAAAGCUCUAGCUGCAGCCUGGGGCGCGGUCACCAGCACUCCGCACUCCGCAGCAUCACUACCUGCUGUACCAGAUCUCUCCUACAUCGUUGAGACACCGAGUAAAACGUUAGCAGGAGAUAGUUCUGUAUUGUUUUCGCCGCCAUCAAUAGUAAAGAAUUCAUUACAAGAAGAAUCAACAAGUCUGCACAGUUUGUUGAGCUCUGAAAAUACACCGGAGAAUGUUAAAUAUGAAGAAAUGGACAUUGAAUCUGUCAUCACAGAAAAAACUAAGGUACGUCGCGUAUCCGAUGAGCCGAUCGUAGUAAAGAAGUCAGCUGUAAGAUCUAUCAAGUUUGAUCAAGCCCCGGCAGAGACAGCGACGGAUGAAAAACCUAUGCUUUUACUGAAUGAUAACAAAUGGGAAAUUUACGCGUGUGGAAAGACUCAAGACCAGUUGGAUUUAACAGUACUAGCACAUCAGUACCUAAGGAGCACAGCACUAAAACCUCGCUCUUUGAACUUUUAGACUUUUAUACAUAUAUAGAAAUACUGUAAUCCGGUUUCUGAAAGAUUUAUUCUCAAAACCAUUAAUUGUAAUAGCGCGAUUCGACUGCCGUGUCAUAUAUUGUUGUCUCUAUUUUUGCAAAGAGAAUGUGAGAGAUGAUAAUAUGUAUAAUUGCAAUGGAAACCAAAAUAAAAAAGAGGUUCAGCAACUUAAAACUGAUUAAAAUUGAUUGACCUUUCAGAAAC